UUUCUAAGUGAAAUUAACUGUUAACACGUCGUAACCUGCUGAUGAAGUUGCCAGUUCCGCAAUUCCCAGCCAAGCUUUCGGACAAUUCUUCCUUGCUUGGCAUGUCUCUGCACGGGUUUGGUAUUCUGCCCUGGGACCUGCCCUCCUUAUGUCCUCUUUCAUUGUUUGAGAAUAGUUAAAGCAGGACAUCUCCACUCAAAGCCCUGUGCUACUUAUUUGGUGUCAGUCCCUGGAUAUAAAAUCACAACCUGCUGUACUCCAGUUCCCAAGGCCUAGAGUUGAGAACCACAGGUUAAAGCAUAGCUGUAGUGUUUAGUUGAAUAACUGAUGCAUGUUUGUGUGCGGGACUGCAUUUGAUACUUGUUAGUUAUCAGACCGAGGGCUCUGUAUACCAUACGUACAAGUGCCGCUGGUUCUAGUUGAAUUCGGAUUGUGUGGCCUUCUUAGUUGGGGAAAGAAAGCUGUGCUGAAGAGUGAGCGGUUGUUUUUCAUGUGUACAUGCUGUCUUGCUGUUUCUCCCUCUUCCAUGUUCUAGUUGUCACUGCUAGGGUUUCAUUAUUUCUAUUCUAUUGUCGUGAACAAUGCUGGUCUAUACAGUACUAUGCUGAUGUGGCAUGACUGCAUAUUUACACGUCUGUGUGUGUGUGUACGUACACGUUUCCAUAUCGCUGAACAACCGUCCUUUGGUAAAUAGAAACUUGCCUGACCACAUCAACUUGCUGUGCAUCAAUGCUUUAACACACCCGCUAACAGCCUACUCUUGUUAUAUCUUCCAUCAGUAACAGAAGUGCUAGUUAACUCCUGUUUUAUUAUCAUUUCCAUUAAACAAACAUGUAAUUUUGAUGUUUCUUUUUAUGCAUUUUAGAGUUUCGCUUUGUGCAACAUAAUUUCUCUUAAUAGGACUUUGGAGUUGCUUUAUUUGAGGCAAACACAGUGAGUGUGCAUGGGUGUGUCCCAAAAGGCCGUGAACUUUGAGAGGGAAAAAUAAGAGUGUUAGACGGUGAGAGAGAAUAGAAGAGCCAGACCAAGGGAAAGAUCAAGACUGCGCACAGACCCCAGGAGUGGGAAGUGUUCUGUGAGUUGAAGUGUCAGAGGUGGCAGAUUCAUUAUGGCCAGUUCCUUGUACUUCAUCCUCCCGGCACUAGGGGGCUACAUCCUGGCUUCACUCUACCUGUUGAAGAACCCCCACAUCCUCCACAAGAAGAAACGCACUGCCUUCCACUGCAAGCACAUCUCCCACCGUGGAGGAAGCGGCGAGAGGAUUGAAAGCACCAUGGAGGCCUUCACACAUGCGUUGAAACAGGGUACAGAAAUGCUGGAGCUGGACUGUCACAUGACCGAGGAUGGUCAUGUGGUAGUGUCACAUGAUGAGAACCUCCUGAGGCAGACUGGCUGUGAUGUUACAAUCUCGUCCCUAAAAUUUGAGGAGUUACCCUUGUAUAAGGAAAGGCUGGAGGUCACAUUUUAUGCAGGCCACUACAGUUCCGGUACAGACAGGAAGUUUGCUCUGUUGGAGGAAGUAUUCAGGACAUUUCCUAAGAUGCCAAUCAACAUUGAGAUCAAAGAGGAAAACAGAGUACUGAUGGAAAAAGUGUCCAACCUGGUGAAACAAUAUGACAGAGAAGACUUGACAGUGUGGGCAAGUGAGGACUCCAACAUUAUGUUGAUGUGCCGUGAAACUAACUCUUCUAUGCCGUAUAGCUUUUGCAUGAGACGGGGCCUUCAACUGCUACUGCUCUACUACAGUGGCCUGCUGCCAUUUGUGUCACUGGGAGAAAGUUUUCUGCAGUUCUACCUGCCCCGCAUUAUCAACAGGACAUAUAUUCCUGAGGAGAGUUAUCUGAGAAGUAGAGUUGUUGUUUACCUGAUAGAGAAAAUAACGAUGAGGAAGAGUCUCUUUAAUCAUCUUGCCAAAAGAGGAAUUCAGGUGCACCUGUUUGUCUGCAAUGAGGAUCCGGACAUCAAAGCAGCUUUUGAUAUAGGAGCCACAGGCGUCAUGACCGACUACCCCACCGUCCUGACCGACUACCUACAUAGACACAGGAGUGACUGACAGCCUGAAACUCCAAUCAAACGAAUGAUAAACUAACACUCUUCUUGACUGACUGCACAGAUCUCCAUCCAAACCACUGAAUCACAAACCAGGUUCUUCACUGGCAGCUUCAUCAACCUAUCAAGACAUCUCCACUGAAGGAAACACCAUGAAAUCACACUUUCUUCUGUUUCUUCACAAACACUAAACUGUCCAUCACAGUCUAACUUUGAGCCAUCUGGCUGAUGCAAACUAAAUGAAUGUAAAAUAAGCUUUACUCUCCUUUGGUUAGUAAGUUACCAUGGCUAAAGGCUGUUCUACACAACGUAACAUGAAUAUAGUUGUACCCUAUUGGCCAUACAUUACAAACCCCUUGGGUGCCUUAUUGCAAUUAUAACCAAUUACCAAAGCACUAAGGACAGUAGAAAGUAUUUUCUUUUUUAUAUCUGCAGUAUAUGCUUUGAAAAAUGAUCAUUCAGGGUUUAAACCACCCAAUUUAUAAUUCCAUUUACAUGAUGGGUCUGAUUUUUGGGGUAUGUUUAUAAACGUACAGAUUUAAUAAGUAC